AUGUUCCAAGGUAUUGCCUUAAAUUAUCAAACAAAUAAUGGAGAAUAUUUACAACACAUUGACUUAUUGGAUUUGAAUAUAAAUUCCAAACCAUCUGAUGUGGCACGUAGCAUUUUAUCUGGAGACCAUAAUAAAAGUCAACAACCACAACAACUAGCUGAGAUGUGUGAGGAAUUAACUAAACGGAAAACAUUAGAGGCAAACUCAACUUUAUCAUCAUCAUCAGCAUCAGCAUCGACAACAUCUGACAUCCCAGUUGAGGCAAAAAACGCCAGCAUUGCUGUUAAUAAUAAAAAUGGAAAUAAUGACAAUGACAAUGAGAAUGAGAAUGUCAACAACAUCUUAAGAAAGGCAAUAGCUAAGCUGCAACGUAAAAUGCAGGAACCAACAAAAAAGAAAUUCUAUCUGCACACGCGCCUAGAGACACACAUCCUGCCACUUACCAAUGUUGCCUUCGAUAGAAGUGGUGAACAUUGUCUAACCGGAAGCUAUGACAGAACGUGUCGCAUCAUCAACACGCACAAUGGCACCGAAGAACAUGUGCUUGGGGACCAUGACAAUGUUGUCUUCUCAGUCGCAUACAAUUUUCCUAAAUGUGAUCGUGUUGUUACUGGUUCCUUUGAUACAACCGUCAAAAUUUGGUGUGCCUCGUCGGGUUUAUGCCGCAGCACCCUCAUUGGCCAUACCGCUGAAGUAGUAACGGCACAAUUUCAACCAAUUAAUGGUGAAACCAUAUGUACAUCGUCAAUGGAUGGCACCGCUCGACUCUUUCACAUCGAAUCAGCCCAAGAAUUGCAGACAUUGAGACAUCAUGGUGCCGAAGUUAUUAAUUGUCAAUUUAGCAGGGAUGGCAAUCUAUUGCUAACGGGUUCAUUUGAUAGAACAGCCUCCAUAUGGGAUAUUCGAUCGAAAUGUUUAGUUGCCCAGCUGCGUGGUCAUACUGCAGAACUUAGUAAUUGUUUGUGGAAUUUUUCAUGCGAUUUAAUUGCUACUGGUUCUUUGGACAGUACGGCUCGAGUUUGGGAUGUUAGGAAGCCAACUGAAUCAUUAUUUAUUAUUAAAGAUCACACUGAUGAAGUAUUAGAUGUAACAUUUGAUAGCACAGGUCGACGCUUGGCCACUGGUAGUAAUGAUUGCACGGCGCGUGUUUGGAGUUUGAGAGGUGAUUUGGAAUUGUUGUCGGUAAUGAUGGGUCAUACAGAGGAGGUGUCAAAGGUGUGUUUUAGUCCUCCUGGUGGUCUACUGAUGACAGCAUCGGCCGAUCAUACUGCACGUUUAUGGCUGGUAGACUCUGGAUUAUGUUCGCAAGUCUUGGCUGGCCAUGAAAGUGAUGUAUUCUCGUGUGCAUUUAGCUAUGCCGGAGAUGUUGCAUUAACAGCUUCCAAAGACAAUACAUGUCGUUUAUGGAGAUGA